CGAAAUUAUUCAACCAAAUAGUAAUUCGAAAUUGGGGGAAAAUUGAAAACCUCUUUUUGAUCUCUCUUGACUUUCCGAGACCUCUGACGACCGCCAUGACGACGGAGGAACCACCGCUCUCCGCAUCAACAACGUCACUUCUAGAUAAACCUCUUCACCAACUCACAGAAGACGACAUUUCCCAACUCACUCGCGAAGACUGCCGCCGGUACCUCAAACAGAAAGGAAUGAGACGUCCGUCGUGGAAUAAAUCUCAGGCGAUCCAGCAAGUAGUUAUGCUCAAGGCGUUACUUGAACCUACGCCGGACUCGGACGGAUGCCGCCGGAAGCUCCACAUUACCCAUCUGCAACAGGAAACCCCAAACACGCGUACUCAGAAAGGAACAAGUGGUGAUACGGAGGUCUCUGUUUCAGCUGAUGAAUCAGUACCUGGUCAGCGCCAUGACAUGGAUCAAUCGGAUCUUUUUGGUGAUAAUGAUUUUGUUCUUCCUGGGAUUACUGGUGUGACAGAUGAAGGAAAAGUACAGAUGACAAUUUUCUAUAGUGGCAAGGUGAAUGUCUAUGAUGAUGUCCCAGCUGACAAGGCACAAACUCUAUUCAAGCUUGCUGCAAACCCACUACAGUUUCAUCAGGAUGAUGGAAAUAUGACCACAUUUCCACUUCCAUGCCAUUUGCAAGCUCCAACUAUAUUAACAACCACAGAAUCAUCUGUCAUGCACUUGCCCACAUUGCAAACAGUAAAAAAGACAGAUAACUCUAGGAUGCAUAGAGAAGAAAUCAGCAUAUAUCGUGAGGACAACUCUGGUGAAGAAGUUUCAGGAAGAGGAAGCAGAAAAGCAUCAGUGCAGAGGUAUCUUGAGAAGCGGAAAGAUAGGUUUAAGAGGCAAAACAAACUAAAAGCAAGUGAAUGUGGUAGCAGCAGCUUCCAUCAUCUAAAUGGGAAUUUUAACGUGUUUUCCCAGGAAGGAAAUCAGAAUAGGAGAAGGUAAGUGCAUGUAUAUUUCAAGUGGACAUAGUGUUAGCCUGUUAGGAGGGUUAUUGAGUAGAUAUAUGAGAUUAUUGUAGUAGGCCUUUCAGGUGCUUGCUUCUUUUAUUACUCCAUUAUCUCCAAUGUUUUUUUUAUAAAGCUUUCUUAAAUCUACAGUCGGUUUAAAGAUGGAAACCGACCACAUUGUCUCUUUGAAAACAGAAAAAAGAUCAACUAAAAAAUCGAUUGAUGGUCUCCAUCAACUUAUUAUGGUGCUUUCGUUUAGAUUACUUUAAAAAGACAUGGGAAAAUAAAAUAAAAAAAUCAAUGACAUUAGCUGAACGAACUACCGUUGUAUUUGGAUUUUGAAUACAAAUAAGUUGUCAAUAUACAAAUGUACAUAAAUCUAACGAGGUUGUUGUAUGGAUGCUAAGGGACAAGAAUCCACACACAUAACACAAUUUGACUACUCUUGCAUGCUAUAAAUGUUGCUAACAACCCCAACGAUGCUAACCAUGAUGGCUAGGACCAACAUCACCCAUGAGAACAACCUCUCUUGGCUGCUCAGACCAUUCGACCCACCCCCCAAUCGCAGCGCGAUAAGAGCCGGAAAAGUGAACCCCAACGACACAGCCGUGGUUGCACCUGUGAACUUAAAAGCAGUCCAUAUACUCGGAAUCAUCGUGGAUGCCAUGUAUAUAAGCAUCAAAAGCACACAAGUCAACCCCAAACACCUCUUCCUGCUCUUGGACAACGGCUUUGCUCCUUUAAAAACCAACGCAUCAACCGUCUGCCUUAACGAAAAAUGAAUCACAGGGAACACCAGAAUCAAAUGGAAAAUGUAUCCCACACGAACAAUGUAACUCAAACCUUCGCUAAACCGAAUCGCAAGAGGCUUAUCAAAAUUCGUAAGAACGUCUGCUUCUGUGUUGUUCCCGAAAAGAAGGUAGCCUGCUACUGCAGUCGACCAGUAGAUGAAAACACAUAUCACAGUCGUGAGCCUCCCAACUUUGUUCAUCUUUUGAGGCGAACGACCUUCGAGUUCAUUGUAAAUCGGUUGAACAUUGAAGUGACAAACAUACGCAUUCGACAUGAUCGGGAUCACAACUAAAAGAUCAAGAAUCGCUUGUUCGGAACUGAAAUCCGGAAUCAGUCUUGGCGGGUCGGUUUUACCUUCGAUCACCAUAAUAAACGCAACAACACAAGCAACAAUCACGAAAAUGAUAGCAAGAACUACAGAUGCGGCUGAAGUUACACUUAAAGAUUCAAUUCUGUCCAAUGCACAUAGUGGUGCAAGAAGCACGACCAAAGCGAUCAAGAUGAUGAGUCUUCUAUUCUCCCAGAACCCAUUUGCUCCAAACCAUUGAAUGAAAACCCCGGAAUGUCGGGGAGAGCCUGACAUCACGUCCCCCAUGAUGAUCAGAUAAACCACCAAAACACCGGCGUUGUUCAAAACGAUACAAAUUUCAGACAAGAUUCUUGCUGGUGAACCUAAGGCUUGUUCCACAACCUCCCCGUAGGAUGUGGCUUUGCAUUGAACGGAAAAACGAAUGAGUAACUCAACACUGAUUUCUGACAAAAUCCCCAUCAACAGAAUCAGAACAAUUCCGGUGACCAAGCCAAGGACUUUCAUGGUGGCGGGUAAUGCCAUGAUUCCGGCGCCAAUUACGGUUGUGGUUAAGUUAAACACCGCGCCGUAGAUUCCGGAAUCGGAGCUUUUAUUGGAGGGGGAUAAGUUAUGAAGAUUAAUGUCAUCAUCAGCACAACCAUUGUCAUGAAUUGAAGCCUCCCGUUGUCUGCCAUCUCUGCUUCCCAUAAUGAUGAUUUACCAAGAAAAACAUAUGAAAACCCAAGAAUAGAAGAUCGUUACAGAAAGAUUGAAGGUUUGGGUUUGAAGGAAAUUGGAUGGAAAAGCAAAAGCUUCAUCAUUUUUGUGGGUUUGGAGAGAGAAUAAAGGAGGGUACGUAAUUACGAGUUUCUCUAUAGACGUUGACUCUUCAGAUUUUGACAUGUUUUUUGACCCCUUACAAUACAAAUAUACAAUCCCUAGCCGAU